AUGGCAUCAGGUGAGGAUGGACCUGAGGACCUUGUGCCGCCAGAUCGUCCCGAUACCACAGAGGAUCAGGAAACUAGCACCAGCCUACCUACCUCCAGCCUACCCUCCACUAGCACCAGCAAACCACCUACCAGCUCCAGCCAACCUACCAGCUCCAGCCUACCCUCAACAGCCAACCUACCAGCUCCAGCCUACCCUCAACUAGCACCAGCAAAACCACCUACCAGCUCCAGCCAACCUACUCAGCUCCAGCCUACCUCCUCAGCUAGCACCAGCAAAACACCUACCAGCUCCAGCCUACCCUCAACUAGCACCAGCAAACCACCUACCAGCUCCAGCCAACCUACCAGCUCCUACUACCCUCAACUAGCACCAGCACCUACCAGCUCCAGCCUACUCCCCUCAGCUAACAACACCAGCUCCAGCCUACCCCUCAACUCAGCACCAGCAAACCACCUACCAGCUCCAGCCAACCUACCAGCUCCAGCCUACCCUCAACUAGCACCAGCAAAAACCACCUACCAGCUCCAGCCUAACCCUAGCACCAGCUCCAGCUCCAGCCAACCUACCAGCUCCAGCCUACCUCUAGCAAACCACCUACCAGCUCCAGCCAACCUACCAGCUCCAGCCUACCCUCAACUAGCGCCCAGCAAACCACCUACCAGCUCCAGCCUACCCCCUAACUAG